AUGUCUUCCGAUACAGGAAAGGAAAAUGCAUCUGUCGUUGAUUCUUCAGUGACUGAUUGGAAACUCGACAUGGGAAAUUCAGAUGAUCUAGAGAGCCCGAGCUACAAAGGCGACGGUGAUGGUUAUACUAGGAGUGUAAAUGCUUGUCGUCAUAUGGUAGGAAAACAGUCUGUAAGCAUCAAGGGUAGGUUGUAUGAUACAAGGUACUUCAUCAUUAAAAGCUUGAACAAUCAUAAUCUCCAACUGUCGGUCGAUAAAGGAAUUUGGGCUACUCAGGUCAUGAAUGAGCCAAUUCUAGAAGAAGCCUUUCAUAAUUCCAGCAAAGUCAUUUUAAUAUUUAGUGUCAACAUGAGCGGUUUUUUCCAAGGAUAUGCUCAAAUGAUGUCUUCCAUUGGAUUGAGGCAUGACCAUAUAUGGAGUCAGGGAAGUGGUAAAAGUAAUUCUUGGGGCCGAAGUUUUGAGGUCAAAUGGUUGCAAUUAAAUGAUCUGCCUUUCCAGAGGACACUUCACCUUAGGAAUCCACUGAACGAGUACAAACCUGUUAAAAUCAGCAGAGAUUGUCAGGAGUUGCCCGAGAAUAUUGGUGAAGCCCUUUGUAAGUUGAUUGACGGGGAUAGUGAUUUCGGCGGAUCCCUGAAAAGUUUCACCACAGAGCCUUUCACAGAGGGUCCAUAUACACCAGGAGAUGGAGAGUACAGUAGAACCCAGAUCCAUGUUCCAUGGGACAGGACUCCUAUGCCUUAUCCUUCAUUCUUCUAUCACCAUCCUGCUGAUGCUAGUAGGUUUCACCUGGGUGACCAGGGGCCAAUGAGAAUUUCUAUCCCAGAAAAUACAGGUGUUGCUUGUGGUCCAUCAAAACGGGCAAGCAAGACUACUUUUAAACCUGAUGGAAACGCUAUUAACCCAUUACUGCAGCACGGAGGUCCUUCUCAAAUGGAUUUCUGGGGACUGUCAGCUGAAAGCCCUCAUGCCAGUACCCUUACUGAUGAUGAUUUUCUUGAUAUGACAUAUGAGCAAUACCUGGAGGUUCAUAGUAAAAGCAUCAAAUUGAAUCCACGGGUAGGUGGAAAAUCUCAAGCAACACGUGAGACUUCAAGGAGUAAAAGGAGCAAAGAUGACUCGUCAAGGGAACCAAAGCAUUCUCUGAUGACACACGAGACAUCAAGAAGUAAAAGACUUGAUAGUGAAUCUAACUCGAGUGACCGCAGCUACUAUCGGUCAACACAUGGGACUUCAAGACGUAGAAGGCAUGAUGAUGAUGAUGAUGAUGAUUUGUAA